AAACAGUCUCUCGUGCGCAAUAAAAGGUUGGAUCGCUAAAUUUCUAACUGACCAGAAUGGAUUCCUUUUCAGAAAAGUGAUUUGCGCACACUCUCCUCAUACAUGAAUAGGUACUUUAAUGCUUUUUAAAUGAGAAUAGGAGAAUAGCAACUAAAAAGUAACGUGUAUAAUGUUGAAAUAGACGGAGGCUGUGUGUUGUCUUGAAAGUUAAUAUUUUUUAAAUAGGAACACCCUCACAGGUGCCAAUCUGAGCGAUUUGUCGUUUUUAUUUCAGGAAAAAAAAACCCUGAGCAAAUUAUGGCCGAGAGCAAGCAGAAUCGGGAUGAUGUUCUCACAUGUUCUAUAUGUAUGGACACAUUCCGGGAACCAGUAAUGCUACCCUGUCAGCACAGUUUUUGUAGGGAAUGCAUUGGGAUGUAUGCCGACAAGUCCAAAUCUGUGCAGAUAGAUGAGACCUCCGAUACCAGGGGGAAUGAUGACGUCCAUCUGAUGGCAUGCCCUGUGUGUCGGGCACCAACGAGCCUGGGGAGAGAAGGUGUGGCUGGACUGGCUCUUAACUUUCAUUUGGCAGAAAUGGUGGAGAGGUUCCCUACCGAUGUUAAUGUUGAGGAUGACAUCCCAUAUUGUUCUCUGUGUGAGGAGGACAAUCAUGCUAAAGGUGUCAAGUUUUGCACCAUCUGUGGUGUGUUCUACUGUCAGGAAUGUCUUGCAAAUUUCCAUCCAAUGAGGGGGCCUCUAAAACGUCAUCGACUGAUUUCGGCUCUGGAGUACCUCUCCCAGGAAACCUCACAGGGUGAAGUCAGCAGGGACCAACACUCAACUCAGCAGCCGUCAUGUGCCAGACACGGUCAGCCGUUCGUCAUGUACUGUGAACCGUGUCGGAUGGUGAUCUGUGUGGGGUGUGUGGUUGAGCAUCCGGGACAUGCUAUGCGGGAUAUACCAUCUGCAGCUGAGAAUGACAAGCCAGUUGUUUUGAACAAGACGAGUGAACUGGAGAAAGUGCUACAAGAAACUAAAGAAUCACUGUCAGGAGUUAUGAGGCUGCACAAUAAGAUACAGGAAAACCAGGAACUUCACACUCAGGAGGUAAAAAAGGCUUAUUGUGCAGCCUUGGAAGCUUUACAAGCAUGGAAACAACAGUCCUUAGAUGGCAUAAAAACCCGCUAUUCACAGUGGAACCUGGAGUGUAGCGCUAUACUCAAACAUUUUCAGCUACAGACCCAGGAAAUGGAGAGGAUGGUACAGGCUUCCAAAGAUUUGUUAGCGUCAAUGGAUGUCGAGUUUUUGCAGGGUUCCACAGACUUCACCAAAACAGUUGAUGACCAGCUGAAUGAUAUAAGAACAGAUCUGGAUAGACAUGAGGUCAGCAAACAGAAGCUUCUAGAUUCUGUACAACAUGACCACGUUGUCCCUAGACAGGUGACUGUAAAAGAGACAGUGCAAGAACGUCAGGGCUUAGAACAAGCCGUCGGUGGACAAAUAUCACCCCUACGUGUUACUAAGCCGACGCUGAGAUUCACAGAGACAGACGAUAGUGAGCUGAGAAUUACUGACAGCGGCUCUGGGGUAGAGGGUGUGGGCUUGUACAGGGGGUUGUGGAGAGCUGUGACAGACGGGGGUUACCAGACGGGCAGGUUCUACUGGGAGAUACACAUCACCUGUUCACCUGGCUGUUACUAUCAUGUAGGAGUCACACAGGAGAGCUGUGGCGUGAGUGAGGAGACAGACCCUGGCCGCAACACCUGGUUCAUUGUGAUGGAGUACCGUGGUGAUGAGGUCAGCUGUUAUACUCACAGUGGUGGUGGUGAGAUCAAACCUGGCUAUCUACAGUGGAGACGUUACACACGACCUCAUCACCUGGGUGUGUACCUGGACUGUGAUGACCAAACACUGACAGUCCUGGACUGUGACAACAACCAGGUAAUGUACACUGACAGUGGUGUUAUCGUCACAGAGCCUCUCGUGCCAUGGGUUGGGUUUUAUGUCUGGUCUGGAUCUGUGUCUGUGUCUGCUCGUCUGGUAACGGGUGACUCUACAACUCUGCCUCCAGUUCUCUGUGAUAUGAUAAGCACUUCCUGACCAUCGGGUAAUUAUUCAUUACAUCUUUUCCAUCAUAUUAUAAUUUGUUGACAUAUACUUUGAUUAGUUUUUUUUUUCAAGCAAACUGACCAAUUUGUAUAGUUUCUUCUGCGAAGUGGUCAGUGAUCUGUCACAAGCUUACAGCUUGGUGUAGUUAUACACAGUCUGUCUGACUUGUCCUGAACAUCAAUGUCAGGUUUCUUUCAGACAAAAUACAUGUAGAUAAUGACAGGGUAGUUUUAUUUUUUAGUAAUGGUUUGUAAAUCAGCAUAAUCAGGAGUGUCACUGAGCAAAACAUGUCACAGUUUAUACAUGACAAUACAUAUAGUCAACAUGGUGCAUGUAGUAAUUCUUGUUGUAUUAUCUAACUUAAGUUUCUGAGGGAAAAAAAGUAACUGAGAGAUAUAUUCCCUUUUAGGUUAGGUUAUGUAGUAAAUCUUCAACCUCUAAAAUGUAUAUAAAUGUAUAACUUUCGUGAGGAAUCUUGGCAUACCUCCACAUGUAGCUUGCACAUCUGUCUACAACACUCUCAGCAGCCAUUUUUUUUUAGCUGCAGUGGCUGAAAGUGAAGUCAUAACAUUUUCUUACUUUGGUAACCUCUAGAGAUGUGGAUAAUAACACUGGGGUAAAAGUUUUCUGUUCUAUCCAUUACAAAUAAAAUUCGGAUGUUAGAUGCAAAGUAGAACAGCAAAAAUUUAUAAUGUAUGAACAACUUAAAUCCCUCUGUGUCACCUUUAUCCAAUCAGUCCUCCGACUUCAGUUCAGAAGGAAAUCUUGAACCCAAUUUCCCGAAUUGCACACAUGUAACCUAUAAAUAGGACAAAUUUUAAAAAUGUUUUGUUAGUAAUAUCUUUAUAUGGAUUUGGCACUAAUACCAAAAUCUUACAUGGCUAAUGGCAAAUGUCAAAUUUCAGGGCUGUGGGUAAUGGCCCCCUGGGCUGAUACUCUACACGUAAGAGUCUGGGAUAGGAUGUUUUGCGGAAAAUGGGGUUUAAAUUUCUUUUCUGUCAAAAAGAAAAUCUGCAGAAAUGAAAAUUUACCCUGUAUUUCCUUAAAAUACAACACUUGUUGUCCUUAGAUGCUAAAAUUUUACCAGUUCUGUUGCUGCGCAGAAGUUCUGUAAGAAUUGAUAAGCCUAUCUCCACUUGUACCUGUAGGAAGGAAUUAAAAAAAAUAAACAAAUUUUUAUAAUUAUUGUUGCACAGGCAGCACAUUUAAUCAAAUUUCAUCAAAGAUAUGAAACAGAUCAACUUUCAAACCUAUUUUGAAACACAGCAUUAGCAUAUUUAAUGUUGUAAAUUCACCUUGCAUAUAACAAAAAUGCGUUUCCAUACUGUCAUACAUGUAUGUAGGUGUUUCAGAAUAUGUGAUAAAAAUAACUUGCUACGUCUAUCUGUAUAAAUCUUGAAACAGUUCUGGUUUAAUAAAUGCAAUCUUACACUCACCUUUGUAAAUGAAAUUUGGAAAUGCAAGCCUUGUAAGUGUGAGGGGGGAAUUUUGCAUAAAUAGCGGGA